UCUUUGCCCCAAAGAGAACCAUUUGAGGGAUUCAGCUGCGAUAUGUACUCGCACAUAACGAGCUGUAGUUUCCGUGGUGUGCUCGCAGUAUCUUUCAGUGGCCAAGAUGACGGAAUAACGACCGGGACUGAAUUACUCGCAGACUUUUCUUCAAAAUGCAGCAAUCAGUCGUUCUUGGAACCAUACUACAGUUGUUUGAACAACAUAAUUGCACUGUGUCCACAUCAAAGUACCGCACUUUUUGCGGCGCUUGCUGAGAAGUUGUCUUUCUUCUGUGACGGAAACCGCGUGUCCAGUCUUUUACAAACGGUUUUACAGGCCGGGUACAGUUACAAUGUCCACUGUGACAUCGUCCUGUCGGUUGUUGCAAAUGAAUGUGCACAGGAAAUCCUUUCACCGGACAACAUGGCGGAAGAUAUGUCUUUAUCAACUGCGCCAAAGAUGUUGUCAGUGAUGUUUGCUUGCGUCAAUAGUCGGUUUUCUGGGAUGUCUGACGACGAACUAACAUGCGGAAGUUCACGGGAAGAUAUCGUCCUUCGAUUCUGGAUACAGGUUCUUGCAGACGGCCCGCUUGGCUUCAGCCUUUCAGAGAGCCAAAGAAAAGAACUACAGGACUUCAUUACGAGACAGAAACAGAGAGUGAGCAUUGUCGAUAUUCUUCAAACUGCUUCCAAGUAAAGGAUCAUCUGAAGCAACAACACAUGUGCCAUUUUUGUAUAGAGUAGCUUCUUUCUUCACAAUUAUUAACACGACUGUCUUAAUGAGUUUACAAAGGCUGUAAGGUCUUACCAAAAAGUGUGAGAUAUAUUUCUAUGAAGGACUUUUAAUCUUGUAUUUUAUAGCAAGAGCAACUUUGUUUUAUUGUGGCAAAUCUCUCAUAAUCCUUAUUUAGUGGCAAUGUAGAUGUACAUUUAACUUAAUUUAUAAGUUUUGUAAAUAUAUGUUAUUUACAUUGAUGAGACUGUAACAAAUAAAUACCCAAACAAAAUUUUUUUUCUAAUAAACACUAUAAAAACACCUUAUAAACACUGUCAAAACCGCUUUUUUGGUGUUUGUUAGUGCGUUCCAUUAGUGAUCCAUUGAAACAAUCAAGAGAUGGUUGGUUGCAAUGGAUCGCUAACGGAACGUGUUCCAUUAAAUGGAUCGCGAUUUUGUAGCGAGUUAUUAAUUUUACAGAGCCAUUCUCCUCUUUUAUCAGGAAACAUAUGGUUUUAAUCCAUCCAAUGCACCGUAACAGCAGAUCUUCUAGUUGCUAUGGUUAUGUUAUGUAAUCUCAUCUAAGGUAUAAUAUAGAGGGACAGAAAUUAGUGCAUUUUGUAGGUUAUAACUGUAGGGGUUGGACAUACGGAUUUACUGAAGAGAAAAUGGUGGUUGUUAUUUCAUUUAAUUUCUAUGAUUUACAACUAAAGGUAUUUUCUUAAUACAUGUACUUACAAUUCAGUAUAAAUAAAUGCAUGUUAACAUUGUGAUUCGAUCUUUAUAGAGAUUUCAUUGUAUGUUAGAAUUCAAAGAUUUAUCAAAUGCAUAACACAAUAGUUUUUGAAAUGCUGAUUCUAAUGACCUGAAUAUUACUUUCUUAUAUUGAAACUAGUUAAUAAUUAUAUGUUU